AUGUCGGUGAAACGCCUCGGCGGCUACGGCCUCGAUAGCCUUCAUCGCGCCAAGUGCAAUUGCGGUCAUCUCCACCGCGGUUGCGACUACGACUGCGAGGAGGAUCGCGCUUCGACGGGGGGCCACGACCUCAUUCGCGAGGGGUGCCUGCACUUCCGCCACCGCGGUCAUCGCCGUUGUCACGGUCGUAGUCGUCACGACGAGGAUGAUCAUCGCGAAUUUUGCGAGACGUCAAACGUCGAGCGGAGUCGGCUGUCCCAUGCUCACCAAGAGCAUGUGAACGCAGGUGACGCGUUGCUAGGGCAUCCUUGA